UUUGCCGCGUGUGUCAUUUCCGCACUCGCACCAUGUUCCUGCGUCGCGCUGCCGCUGCGAUCCGCCGCCCGGCGCCGCCGUCGUUCCGCCGGAGCUUCGCCAGCCUCCCGAACGACCGCAUCCGCAACGUCGCCAUUGUCGCCCACGUCGACCACGGCAAGACGACCUUGGUCGACCAGCUCCUCAAGCACGGCGGCAACUCGAUCUCGGAGGAGCGCGUCAUGGACUCGAUCGACCUCGAGCGCGAGCGCGGUAUCACCAUCAUGUCCAAGUGCACGCGCGUCGAGUACGAAGGCAAGGUGCUCAACAUUGUCGACACGCCGGGCCACGCCGACUUUGGCGGCGAAGUCGAGCGCAUUUUGAGCAUGGUCGACGGCGUCGUCCUCGUCGUCGAUGCGACCGAGGGUCCCAUGUCGCAGACCAAGUUUGUGCUCACGAAGGCGCUCAACCGCGGCCUCAAGCCGCUUGUCGUCGUCAACAAGGUCGACCGCCCGACGUCGCGCCUCGGCGGCGAAGUCGAGAACGAGCUCUUUGACAUGUUUGUGGCGCUCGAUGCGACCGACGACCAGCUCGAGUUCCCCGUGCUCUUUGCCUCCGCCAAGCAGGGCUGGGCGGUGGCGUCGCUCGACGACGAUGAGCCGCGCACGUCGAUGAAGGCGCUUCUCGACCAGAUCGUCGACUACGUGCCCGCGCCGACCGUCGACCUCGACACGCCCUUCUCGAUGGCCGUGACCAUGCUCGGCCAUGACCCGUACGUCGGUCGCCUCGCGACGGGCCGCGUGCACACGGGCAAGGUCAAGGUCGGUGACGCGAUCCACGUGGUCAACCGCGACGGCCAAAAGGUCGAGUCGGGCAAGGUCACCAAGAUGUACGUGACGCGCGGCAUGGUCAAGUCGGAGAUCCAAACCGCCGAAGCUGGCGAUAUCAUUACGAUUGCCGGCGUCAACGCGUACGUCUCGGACACGAUCGCCAACCCGGAGGUGCUGACGUCGAUCCCGUCGCCGCAGCUCGACCCGCCGACGAUCUCGAUGACGUUUGGCGUCAACGACUCGCCGAUCGCGGGCAAGGAGGGCAAGUUCCUCACGUCCGGCCACAUCAAGGAGCGCUUGACGCGCGAGACGGAGAACAACGUGGCGAUUUCGAUCACGACGAGCGAGACCUCGGAGGCGUUCAACGUGCACGGCCGCGGCGAGCUCCAGCUGGCGAUUCUCAUUGAAGAGAUGCGUCGCGAAGGGUUUGAGAUGUGCGUCUCGGCGCCGCGCGUGCUAUUCAAGCAGUGCGAAGAGACCAACAGCAAGCUCGAGCCGAUCGAAGAAGUGACCGUCGACGUCGACGCCGACUUCUCGGGUGUUGUCAUUGACAAGCUCUCGACGCGCGGCGGUGAACUCCUCGAGUUCAAGGACAUCCAGGACAAGGUCCGCCUCGUCUUCAAGAUCCCGUCGCGCUGCUUGAUGGGCUACCGCAGUGAGAUCAAGACGGACACGCGCGGCAGUGGCAUCCUCAACUCGAUCUUCCACGGCUACGAGAAGUACCAGGGCUCGGCCUCGGUGCCGUCCAAGGGCAAGCUCAUUUCGUCCUGCAACGGCAAGACGACGACGUAUGCGCUCAACAUGCUCGAGGAGCGCGGCGAGCUCUUCGUCAAGCCCGGUGAGGACGUGUACACGGGCAUGGUCGUCGGCGAGCACUCGCGCCCGACGGACCUCGAAGUGAACGCGACCAAGGAGAAGAAGCUCUCCAACAUGCGUGCCGCCGGGACGGACGAGAACGUGCGCCUCUCGCCGGCGCGCCAAAUGUCGCUCGAAGACGUCGUGACGUACAUUGGCGAAGACGAAAUGAUCGACGUGAGCCCGACGCAGAUCCGCAUCCGCAAGCGGUUCCUGGACCCGAACGCGCGCAAGCGUGCGGGCAAGUAAGCUAGCGCCAGUGUAGUAGUAUGCAGAAUAGACGACGCCGCUGUAUUCCUUCCUAGUCGACACAAUAUUGUCCUCUGCGCAUCGCAUGUCUCCGGCGCCGAGUUGAGGAGCCCAUUUUUCCCAAAGAGUAAGAA